CGGAGAGUUUCUGCUAUUGAUUGUAGACUUGGAAGGUUGCUGGCGCAGACCCAGAGACUCUUCCGGGAAUAUCGGAGGAAGGAGGAACUGGACGUGUCUCUUCAUCCUCCUCCUCAGGGUCAUGAGUGUAUCUGAGGGGGUUGGAGAAGGUUUGAGAGAGUUUUCAGGAUGGAGGUGUAGGGAAGCAGAGCUUGAGGAUCUCUGGACUCGACGCUGAAGGAGCGCGCGCCGGACUUAACACACUUUCUCAGGUUCAUAGCAUGAAAUAAACCCGUCUUCAUCAUGGUUUCCUCGGCGUCAAGCAACGCGACUCCACUUUGCUUCUCCAACAACAGCCCGCCUUUCAUUCACAACCACACCAUCACCUCGGCGUACUUCUCGGCGGUCUUCAGCGGCCUUGGCUUGAGCUCCAAUCUCUUCGCUUUGGUGGUUCUGGCCAAGACGUUCCACCACACCAAGAGCCGAUCGCGCUCCUCGUUCCUGCUCUUCCUCGGCGGAUUGGUGUUCACCGACUUCAUGGGGCUGUUGGUCACCGGGUCCAUCGUGGUGUCCUUCCACAUCACACAUUUCAACUGGCGCCAACUGGACCCUCAUUGCCACUUCUGCAACUUCAUGGGCAUGUCGAUGGUCUUCUACGGCCUUUGUCCGCUGCUUCUCGGCGCCGCGAUGGCCGUGGAGCGAUUCGUAGGCAUCAACCGACCCUUCGCGCGCUGCACCACCAAAUCCAGCAGCAGAGCGUGUUUGACGGUGGUCAUGGUUUGGGUCACGGCCGGCUGCAUCAGUCUCCUGCCGUUGGCCGGAUUGGGAAGCUAUCAUCUCCAGAUCCCUGGUUCCUGGUGCUUCCUCAACAUCAGCUCCAAACCGCUGGAGAUGACCUUCGGUUUGAUCUUCUCGCUGGUGGGUUUGCUGUCGCUAGCCGUGUCGUUCCUGCUCAACACGGUGAGCGUCGUCACCCUACUGAAGGUGUGCUGCGGACAGGACAGUGCUCAACGGAGACGAGACUAUGAAGUGGAGAUGAUGGUGCAGCUGAUUUUAAUCAUGGCCAUCGCCUCCGUCUGCUGGUGCCCUCUACUGGUGUUUAUUGCAGAGACCGUGCUUUCGGGCAGCGAGCUCGACGCUCGCAGCCUGCUUCUCUGGCUUCGUUUUGCGACGGGGAACCAGAUCCUGGAUCCCUGGGUCUACAUCCUAUUCCGACGUGCCAUUCUGAAACGCAUGGCUCCCAAGAUGGACUGGUCCCGCGGCUCCAUCAUCAGCCUCUAUCCUACGCUCUCCACGUCCUUCCGAAAACUCACGCGCGCCUCUCUUGGAGGGACGAUUGACCGUUUGGAUCACAACCGCCGCAAUCCAAACAAAGCCAGACGAGAGGACACAUCUCUACCUGUGCAGAACGCCACUGUGGAGUCUAGUUCCAUUUAGCAUUUAUCUUCUACUUCAUUAAUGAUUCACUGUCUAAUAUGGCGUCCAAAGUAAGACAUGAGCCACCUUUUGAACCCUUCGUGUUUGGAGAGGUUCUCUAGUCGUACAUGUUUGAGAAGUGUAUAUUUGAGCUCUUACGACAUGUCGAACUCACAUGAACUUGGAGAGCGAAGCUGUUGAGGAAAACGUACUGUAGAAACUUGCAGACUUGAGUGGGAAAGUGGGUGGGGCUUGAUUUUUCCAGUUGGCCGGUGAUUGGAUGAUGGAAAGUGACGGUUGGAGGGGGAGGGGUUGAAAAGUAUGCAUGUUUGAUGAUGUAUUGUUGGGGGCGGAGCCUUUGCACAAUAGUGCCCGCCUAUUUUCCAUCAGUUCAUGGAGUUUUUUUGCAUUAAUUUUCCAUUUGUUUAAGAGUUAAACCAAUCCAUGAACCAAAUCAACCAACUAUGAGGUGAAACACAACAUUGCAAACUCUAAAUUUUAAGUAUUUGAAACUAGGACAAUAAGGCAUGAAUGUGUAAUUAAUGGCGUUAAUGAAAACAUGCAGUACGAAUUUCAAGACUUGAGUGAGAAUGUGGGCGGGGCUUGACUUUCCCAGUUGGCUGGUGAUUGGAUGAUGAAAAGUGACAGUUGGGGGGGGGGGGUUGAAAAGUAUGCAUGUUUGAUGAUGUAGCGGAGCCUUUGCAUAAUAUUGUCUGCCUACUUUUUCAGCAGUUCCUGUAGUUAUUCCCAUUCAAUCUUCGUUAAAGGAUUAAACCCAACCAUGAACCAAACCAAUCAGAUACAAGGUGAAUCGCAACAUACUCUGAUUUAAAGCAAAAAAUAAAAAUUCACUGAAAAUUGGACAAAAAGGAAAGAGUGUUUACUCAAUGGCUUUAAUGAAAACUUUUAGUAGAAACCUGUCAGUUUGAGUGGGAAAGUGGGCGGGGCUUGAUUUUACCAGUUGGCCAGUGAUUGGAUGAUUACUGGAGUGGGGGGAUUAAGUUGAAAAAUAAAUAUGUGAUGUAAUUUUGUAGGUGGAGCCUUUGCACAACAGGACCACCCACUUUCAGCGGUUCCUCAAGUGUUUUUCCCAAAGGGAUUUUUUUUAGAGUUAAAUCCAACCAACCAACUAAGAGGUAAAUCACAAAAUUAACUCUGAUUUAAAGCUAAAAUGUAUUGGCAUUUUUGGAAUGGACUUGCUUUGGGACAACAAGGAAAUUGUGGCUCACUUCCCGGACAAACACCCUCCUUUUCCUUUCUGAGAAGUCUAUGAGGACCACACACUUGGAUAAAAUGGCAACAAAGCAGAUUCUGGUUUAUUGCAGGUUUCUUGUCUUUUGAGGAAUCAAACAUGUAUCAUAACAAGCACAAAUGUUAUUAUUAUUGUGCGAGUAGGCAUAAGGUUAGCAUCAGACGCUGUCAGAGUGAAUGUUCUGUUUUGAUUUCUUAUUUAUACUGAAUGUAAACCCAAGCAUUGCUGCAUAAAAAUCAUAAUUCAG